CCAAUACAUAAAUUUAUAUGCACCGACUUUACGUAUACCCAACUCUGCACUCUAAAAUCUCACCCGGCAUUCCCCGUGCCCCCUCUCCUCUUCUUUUUAUUACUCAUAACCUCCCUUUCCUUCUCCUUCAACUCCUCCACAAAUCUCUCUCUUUAUCUAAAAUCUUCAUUUCAAUCCCCAUUCCACGCGACGCCUUUUUCAAUAUUUGACCUCCUUAUCAUCUACGCUUUCAGAUCUACGUCCUUUAAAAACCCUCAGAUCUGCAUUACAUUAACAAACACUUGUACUUCACUCUUCACUUCUCAAACUCAGUGAGCAAUGGUGAUGGCUAAAUUCUUCUGUUUCUGCUUCUGUUUGUUACUAUCUGUACAGUAUUCUUUAUCUCAAAAUUCACCGGGGCCGUCUCCGGCGUCACUUCCGGGAACAUCCGGUGAUUCUCCUCUACCGUCGCCAGUUCCAGCGCCGGAAACCGGAUCUCCAUCCGAUGCUCCGGUGAGUUCACCGGUUUUUUCUCCACCAGCACCUUCGCCUUCAGAUCUGAAAGACGCGCCGUCGUCGGCACCGACUCCCUCUUUGGCUCCGAGUCCAUCGCCAACAUCAGCGGGCGAUGUGAACCACAGUGAUUUGAAUACGAAUGAAGAUGGAAAGGAGACUUCUGGCGGCGGUGGUGGAAUGAAUGGAGGGAAGAAGGCGGGAGUUGUGGUGGCGGUUGUAGUGGCAGCGUGUUUGGUUGGGCUCGGAGGGAUGGUGUACAAGAAGAGACGAGAUAAUAUAAGAAGAUCUCAGUACGGUUACGCAGCAAGAAGAGAGAUUCUGUGAAGUGGAAUUAAUGAGAAAGUGUGAGAUGCUGGAUGCGUAUUGUACUAUUACAUUCACAUGCAGAGCCAGUACGAGUACUAGGUGUGUCUUAUUGGGUAUUCAUUAGCCAAUUUGCAGUUGAUGUUGUUAGGUUUGUCUGUAUUUUGUUGCGUAAUUUUAGAGGAGUACCAGUAGGAAGUAGGAACACCUUCUUUCUCACUCUGGCAGUAUAU